UACGCAGGGUGGCAGGGCGGCGAGUGACGCUGUACGCAGGGUGGCCAGGCGGCGGCCGCGGGCGGAGCUGGAGCUGAGGCCCUCCCUGCCCGAUGGACAAUGGCGACUGGGACCAGAUGAUGCUGUUGUUUUAUUUAUUUGUCUCCACUUUACGCAAGUAACAAUCCCUCUAUGUAAGCAGAUGGGUGACCCAGUCACUCUGAAUGUGGGAGGACAUUUGUAUUCAACAUCAAUCUCCACACUGACGAGGUACCCAGACUCCAUGUUAGGUGUGAUGUUCAGAGGAGAUUUCCCCACGGCCAAAGACAACCAGGGAAAUUAUUUCAUUGAUAGAGAUGGGCCGCUCUUCAGAUACAUCUUGAAUUUUUUACGAACGGCAGAUCUAACUCUACCUCAUGGCUUUAAAGAGAUAGAUCUCCUCAGGAAAGAGGCUGACUUUUAUCAGAUAGAGCCAUUGAUUCACUGUCUGAAUGACCCCAAGCCCCUUUAUUCGUUAGAUACCUUUGAGGAAGUGGUGGAAUUGUCCAGCACACGCAAACUGUCAAAAUACUCCAACCCUGUGGCCGUUAUCAUAACACAACUGACGAUCACCACAAAAGUGCACGCUCUGCUGGAGGGCAUCUCGAACUACUUCACAAAGUGGAAUAAACACAUGAUGGAUACCAGAGACUUUCAGGUGUCCUUCACCUUCGGACCCUGUGAUUAUCACCAGGAGGUGUCUCUCCGUGUCCACCUGAUGGAGUACAUCGCCAAGCAGGGCUUUACUAUCAGAAUGACCAGGGUCCAUCACAUGAGCGAGAGGGCAAACGAGAACACUGUGGAGCACAACUGGACCUUUUGUAGACGGGCUCGGAAAACAGAUGAAUGAACGCCUUUGUUUGCCACACCAAGCGCUAACACCACCAUGAACAUUAAUGGAUCACUGUGUAGAGAAGAAUUUGUUUGACUACCCAGGUAACCAUGUUCUGCAGCACCAGUAAUCUUUGUAUAUUAUCCAUAUUUCUAUACAUUAACCAAAUGCUCUUGAAACGAGGUAGUGUAGGGUGUAUAUUCUUUUAAUAUUGAAACUUUUUUAGACGGUACCAGUUCGUUUUGUUUUAUAAUUGUUGUACUUUUUGUUGGUUCUCCCUAUGUGCUUAUGAAAUAAAUAGUUUGAAAAGUA